UCUAGAUGUGCAAUCUCAAAGUACAGUGCUUACUUGCUAACUGAGGAUGUAUUAUGCACCCUUGGAUAUAAAGUUCUAGACAUAUUUUUUCUUAUUUAGAGCAAAGCGGGGGUUGCUUGUAGCCGACAGCUGAAAACGAUCGAUAUCCUCUAUAAAAGUUUCUGUGCUAAAGAGACGAUAUGUAAAACUUCUGCUAAUGGAGGGCUUGAUUUCUGAUCUAACACCAGAACAACACAUGAGUUUUUUUUUUCUUGUUUUGGUGGUUUAUGAGCUGUUUGUUUGUCUUAGGUCAAUGCCUUGGUUGUAUAAGCAUAUACAUCUCUUUUUCUGUUGAAUAGUUUACAAAUGGCGUCCUUCUAAUGGUCGAUGAAGUGAGUUGAGAACCAUUAGGUCUUAGGUUUAAAUCCCAUCAGAGACAAAACAAUAGGUGGUUUCUUUCCAUCUGUCCUAGCCUUGGUGGAUAGAGUUACUGAUCAUGUAAUGGAAAAAUAAGUGAUUUAGUUUCUGGAAUAUUUGCUUGAAUAUUUCAUGGUGUUAGAGAAAAUGACGAUAUUUGCGGAAAAGCAGCCAUGGACCUUUGGCCCAAUUCAUGAAUAUGAAGAGAAGAUAAUGAAUGCACCAUUAGCCUCUGCCUCUGCUGUAGUGCUCUUCUAUUGAGGUUGACCUUGAUGAGGUAAAUGUGCUUACUCAAGUAAUGACUUGGAAGACAACUGUAGAAGAUAUUCCAUAUGUGGGAGCUAAGGGUGAAAUUGGCAUCAAAAGAUUUAAGCAUUAGUGAGCUGCAGCGCUUUACACAUGUUUACACGCAGAAAAUACAUGAUCUUAUUGGAAUUCAUACUGAUGUCCCUGCACUUGAUGAUAGGCGCCAAUGCCCAGAAUAAAUGCAAGCAGAUAGGCUUAUUGGCACUUUGUACAAACAGACUAUGGCGUGGAUUUUGGAUGAGCAUUCAAAGUUUCAUGGGAACUUACCUACACUUGUGACCGGAAAACCUAUUGUACGUAUUUUGCAACAUGUUAUUGAAGAUCCAUCUGAUCGACGAGACACGUGGUGGAGUUAAUGAUGGGCUGGAAGUUUGGAGACAGACCCUGAAAUCUAAAGUUUCAGGUUAAUCCGGACCAAGACAGAGUACGUGAAGUGCAAGUUUAGUGACAAAACACAUGAAACUGAGGUGGAAGUGAAGAUCAAAUCACAAGGCAUACCCAAGAUAGGAAUUUCAAGUGUCCGAGGUCUAUAAUCCAAUAAAACAGGGAGAUUGGCUAUGAUGUUACUCAUUGUAUUGGAGCGGGGCGGUUGAAAUGGAAGCUUGCGUCAGGGGUAUGUGUGAUAAGAAUGUGUCACCAAUGCUUAAAGGUAAUUUCUAUAGAGUGGUGGUUAGACCUGCACUAUUGUAUGAGGUAGAGUGAUGUCCCGUCAAGAAUACAAACAUUCAUAAAAUGAAGGUAGCGAUGAUGAGGGUGCUCAAAUGGAUUUGCGGACAUACCAGAAAAGACAGGAUUAGGAACGAAGUUAUACAAGACAAGGUGGGAGUGACUUCUGCUGUGUACAAAAUGAGGAAAACGAGACUGAAGUGGUUCAAGACACGUGAAAAGGAGGUGUAUGGAGGCAUUAAGGAGGUGUGAGAAUUUGGCUAUAGCAGGUUUUAGGAGAGGAAGAGGCAGGCUAAAGAAGAAUUAGGAAGAUAUGAUUAGACAAGACAUGACACAUCUUAGUUUACUAAGGACAUAACCGUAGAUAAAAAGGUAUGGAGGUCAAGGAUUAGAGUAGAAGGGUGGUAGGCCCAGUGUUGUAGUACUUUUACAUGGGAGAGGCAGGAGCUAGUCUGCUCUUCUCCUUUGUUAAUAGUCUUACCUAGUAUUCACAUAGUAUCUUAUCCUUCCAUUUUACAACUAUUUGUUACCUAAUAUGCUUUGUUUCUUGUUAUUUUGCUAUCAUUAAUUUCCUUUGAUUAAACUUUCUUUGUGGCCAAGAUUCUAAUGGAAACAACCUCUCUACCCCAGAAAGGUAGUAAGGUCUAGGAAUAUGCUACCAUUCCCAGACCCCACCUGGGGGAUUACAUGCAAGCACGAGAGCUACUUUUUCUAGUAACUAUAUUUCAAUAUGCUAUUUGCUGAUAUUUUAGGUUUUACAAUAAAAAAUUUACUGGUAGAUUCUUGGCAUGUUGUUUGUGAUCGAAUUGAACCAUAUUCUCUCUUUUCUUUUUAAACAUAUAUGAUAGAAAAUGGGGUUAAGAAGAACAUUGCUGUUUGCUUGGAAUUUGCAUGGGUAGUAAAAGACUACCUCUUUUUCAUCGUAAAAGGACAGGAUUUUAAUCUAUUGGGGUGACCCAAAAAUUAGGUUAUCAAGAGAAAAAGUGUUUGGGGGUCAAGAUACCUCAUUUUCAUACUCUAUUCACAUUUCUAUAUGAUGGAACUAGUACGUUUGUUCCACUUUAAGGCGAAAAUGCAGUCGCUUAUGGACAAAGGAGUCAUUUUAGACACUUGUAAUUGCCAGAAUCAAUGUCAAGCCAGAGGCACUCAUACGAGUUCAGAUAAAUGAACGAGGUGGUUUCUGAAUAGUUAAGUGUUUAUAGGCUUGAGCCUUCGGAUCAUAACAGAAAAGUUAGAAUCUUGACCGGGAAUUCAAGUUGUGCAGCGUCGACAACAACUGACCACUUCAGAUCUUGGCCGUUCAGAAGCUUUACCGAAGGCAAGUUUGUAAUUUGAUGUUUCGGCUUCAGUCUGAGGCAAGUAGAGAUUUCUAUCUUUGAUGUGUUAGAUUGUUAUGAUAAAUAAAAUUAAGGGUAAUGGAUAGUAAGGGGGCCUUGUAUAAAUGAAAUAAUGAACAUUUAUGCGGAUACCAGUGCCAUGCUAUGGGAAAUUUAUGCGAAAUUAAUUGCCGAUUGAUAGUAUCCCAUGAGUUGUGAUAUAAUUGAAUUGUUGAGAUUUGUGAAUCAUGUGAGCUUGAUUGUGAUAUUCAUACCACUUUUAUUGUUGCAUGAUAACUAUUGGUUGAUAUUGCCCAUUGAGUUAUUUGUUUAAUUCAUAUACACAUAUAUAUAUAUGGCGAUGGGAAAUGGUUCCGGCAAGUGACAUCAUGCAAAGCGGAUGAAAUUCGUAUUGCUGUUGUUGUUGAUCUAUUUUAAGAUCCGUGCUGGAUAUGAAAUUUUGGUUUAUGCUCGUAUACUAUUUUUAAUAUGGCUCUUUCUAGGCAGCAACUUAUGGUAUGUCUAAAUCUGUGCAAGUAUGCGCCAUUACUGAUCUAAGAGCUAAAACUGUUCACAAAUUGGUAUACAUUUUAUGCACUAUUGCAUCCUGUGUGCAGGUUAACUCUUGCUAGGGGCCAUUCAAAAUAGCAAAUCUGUAUUUCUAUAUUGUUUUUAAAUUUUUGGAUCUCUAUAUAACUUUAUACUGUGAGCUACAUCGCUACUUAAUGGUCCAUUAGUUCUGUUGAUAUUUUUUAAGUUUAGCUGCUAGAGACUUGUUAUGGUUUUCAAGAGGAAGGGUUGCUUGUCAAGCUUGCCCAACAACAACAACAUACCCAGUAUACUCCCACAUAGUGAUGUCUGGGAAGAGUAAAAUGUAUGUAGUCCAUACCACUACCUCAUAGGUGAGGUAUAGAGGUUGUUUCCAAUAGAUCCCCAGUUUGAGCAAACAACUUAAGGAAAAGACAUAAUAUAAGAACAAGAAACAAAAGGUAGUAACAAAACAACAAACAGGUAUAAACCAAUAGACAGUAGCAGAAACAAGAUUAUCACCAAAUAAUACACCAACACUAUAUCUGAAACCACAAACAACACCCUAAAACUCCAAAAACAAGAUACUACCUGUGAAACGCUACAACUACGAGUCUCCAUCCUGCUAACCUUCUACCCUACUACGCGUCCUCUACACCUUUCUAUCUAGAGUUAUGUUUUCAAGAAGCUGUAACUGUUUCAUGUCAUGUCUAAGCACCUCAUUCCAAUAUUUCUUUGGUCUACCUCUACCUCGCCUGAAUCCAUCCGUAGCCAACUUCUCACACUGGGGCACUAUGCCCCUCAUUAUCACAUGCCCAAACCAUCUCAACCUUGCUUCACGCAUUUUAUUUUCUACCGAAGUCACUCUCACGUUGUCGCGUAUAACCUCAUUUCUGAUCCUAUCUAUCCUAGUAAACCCACACAUCCAUCGCAACAUCCUCAUCUCUACCACCUUCAUCUUUUGAAUAUGAGAGUUCUUAACUGGCCAACGCUCUGCCCAAUGCAACAUAGCUGACCUAUAUAUGUAUAAUAAUAAUUAUAAAUUUCUUUCAAUUAUAUAUAUAUACUAACAAUGGUUAUGAUAUGAUAUAAGCUUAAAUGGAGGAAUGAGAACUCAUAUAGCUUUAAGUAUUUUGGAUCUAUAAUCUAAGGAAAUAGGGAGGUCGACGAGGGUGUCACACAUUAUAUUAGAAUAUGGGUGGAUGAAAUGGAGGCUUGUACCUGGUGUCCUAUGUGAUAAGAACGUGUCACCGAGACUUAAGGAAAGUACGAUAUAGGGGUGGUUAUAUCGACUAUGUUGUACAUGGUUGACAGUUGGCCAGUCAAGAACUUUCAAGUUCAGAAAAUAAAGGUAGAAAAAAUGAGGAUGCUUAGAUGCAUCUGUGUGCAUACUAGGAGAGAUAAGAUCAGGAACGAAGAUAUAUGGGGCAAGUUGGGGGUGGCAUCCUGAUGAGUGAAGCGAGACUCAGAUUAUUUGGGCAUGCGAAGAGAAAUACCUGGCACGUCUUCCGCUCAUCGAGGAUAUAACCCUAGAUAGGAGAGCAUGGAGGUCGAGGAUUAAUGAAGAAAGUUAAUAGGUAGUCGAACGACUUCACUCUUUUGAGGGUUCUAGGCUAGAGCACCUAUCUGCUUCCUAUCCAGUAUUAUUAUGCUAACAUUAUCUUAUUCUUCGUUUCUAUUACUAUUGUUGCCACUUUUACUUUGGAUAUCUUUUAUUUUGUUCAAACCUGUUUUAGAAAAUGAUUUUGUUGAGCCGAGAGUUUAUAGAAAACAACCUUUUUACCCCAUAAAGGCAGGGGUAAGGUCUACGUCAUCUCACCCUCCCCAAACCCCACUUAUGAAAUCACACUUGGUAUGUUGUUGUUGUAGGAUUCAUAUAGCUUACCAUGACUUGUUUGUGAUUGAGUUGUAGUAUCCCUUGACAUUUGUGCAAGAGAUAGUUUAGUUUAUACUUGUUUGGAGAAAAUGGUCAAAAGUUCCCCAACCUUUACCCCAAAUCUCAACUACACACCUAUACUUUGCGGGGGUCCUAUUACCCCCUAAACAUUUUUAAAAUGAAAUAUAUACCCGUCUAAAAGCUCAUACCUAGAUUUUGUUUCAAGUAGUGACCUGCACGCGCUGCCACAUAAUGCCACGUAAUAUUACUUUUUUUAAUAUAAAAAAUUGAUUACUUUUAUUUAUUAUGUUUUCUCUUUUAUAUUUUUUUAAAUUUCCUUUUCCAUUUCAUUACUUUUUUCCAUUUACUUUUAUUCAUGUUCUUCCAGACUAAUUAUUACUCCAUUCUUUUGUUCUUUCUUCAUCUUAUUUUCUUCAAUCUCAAACCCUUUUUAAAUAUUAAAAUCCAAAGUUGAAUAUUAAACCCAAAGUUUAGAAAAAGAAUAAACCUUUGUUAAUGUAUAAACAGCUCAAGUGGGCUUCACACAUUUGCUUCAGGAACGGAAAUUCUCAUUUCUGUAUUCAUUAUGUGAGUUCAAUUGCAAACUCGUUGUUCAAUUGGAACUAAAGAAUUACUAGUUUUUUCAAAAAAGGUGAUGUUGAGGAAGCACGCAAACUGUUCGAUGAAAUGCUCUACAAGAAUGUAGUAACUUGGAACUUAUGAUUUCUGGGUAUAUAAGAAAUGGGAUGUUAGAUUAUGCUCAGUAAAUGUUUGAUACAAUGCCGAGCAAAAAUGUCGUUUUUCAAUUUUGUUCCUUUUUCUUUCCUUUCUUUUUUUAAUUUAUCAACUAUAAAAAUUGAUGUUAAAUUUAUGAUUGUACAAGAAGAAUAAGUACAAUAAUGAUAGAAUUUGUAUCAUGUGAAACUUUAUUUUCAUUUUUAUAAUGAGGUGAAAAAACUCGGUGUUGGUUUUGAUUCUGGUGCUGAUUUGAUUGUUCCAAUUUUAAGAAAUGUGGAUUUUAAUGAUGGUUUAUGGUUUGAGAUUGAAAAUUCAAUAGAUGUAAAGUCAAAAAAUUUCAAGAUUCCACAAAAUGUGUAUAGAGCAUUGAUGGAAGUUUAUGUUUCAUUUCAUGAGAAUGAUGAGUCUUGGUAUGGUAAUUCGGUUAAUGAGUAUGUAAGUUUGAAUAAUCUUAGUGUUCCGGGGAAUGGAGCUUUUAGGGAGGUGGUUGUUAGUUUGGAUGAAAUGGUAGUUGGUGUAGUUUGGCCGUUUACUGUGAUUUAUACCGGUGGAGCUAAUCCUCUAUUUUGGAAACCGAUUACUGGAAUUGGUUCGUUUGAUCUUUAUUUGUAUGAUAUUGACAAAAUUUUGAAAAAAUUGGGCAAUGAAAAAAGAGAAAAGGUUGAAUAUUUAUAUGGGGAAGAAAAUGGUCGAAGGUGAAGAAGUGGUCAAGUGGUGGAGAUGACGCUGGCUGCUGCUGAUGCAUUGGUGGGUAGUGGUGGAGAGAUUUUGGGUAUGGUGAAAGGAAGAAGAAAGAAAUUAAUAUAUAUAUAUGUAUAUAAGAAAUAUUAAAAAUAAAGUUUCAAAUUUUUUUUGGUGCUCACUCUCUUAACACACUCUCUUUGCCAUGUCAGCCUUUAGGGGUGUUAUAAUUUCAGUUUUAAAUAGUUCAGGGGGUCAUAGGACCCCCACAAAGUAUAGGUGUGUAGUUGGGAUUUGGGGUAAAGGUUGGGAGGCUUUUGACCAUUUUCUCUACUUGUUUGUUAUAUCAGUGGAUGCUCUUAGAAAGUUAUUAAAUUUAAGAAUACAUUUUCUUGUCUUAGAAUUUUUUUUACAUGCAAACUUCAAAAAAUUUCUCAAUAUGUUUGAUCUCAUGCUUUAUCAUCAUGAACUGUUAUCUCUAAAUGGAAAUUUGAUAUGCUGAUUAGCUUCGUAAUCGGUCUUGUUCCCUUCCUCUUGGUUUGUAGGAAAACAUAUGUCAGUCCCUCUGUAUGGAUCAAUCAUUAAUCUAAAAAACCUGUUCUUUCCGGAUAUCCCAAUUUAAGGCUAACGAUUUCCUUAAUCUCAUAGCUUUCAAGUUGUUACACCUAAUAUUUGUUAUGAUGUUAUACAGAAAUUAAUAGGUCUUCAAGGAAAAUGAGUUGUAACCUGAAUGAAGACCGCAUCAGUGGACUACCAGAUGUCAUCCUCAUUCAUAUUCUCUCCUUAUUGCCUUCAAAGGAUGCUGCUAACACAAUCUUUAUUAAAAGAUUUUAUGAACUCUGGCCGUUCAUCCACACGCUCAAUUUCGAUCAAUGCAUGUUUCAAGGGCACUACUGUGCUUAUUGCGGUCGAGCUAGUCAAGCUAGUUGUCCUGACUAUGACGAACGGUUCUUGAAUUUCAUUCGUCAUGUGCUUCUUCUUAAUAAGAGUUUGAAUAUUGGUAAGUUCUGCCUUAAAUUUCACUUUAGCUUAUCUCACUCAUUUCGGCAAAGAGAAGCUGGCAGAAUAGACACAUCGCAAUAUGAUUUCCUAAGGAGUGAGAAAAGGAUGGCUAAUGAAAUUUGUACCUGGAUUCGGUUCGCAUUAAGUAAGAAUCUGAAGGUCCUUGACUUGUUUUUUUCUAGACAUGAUACAUUUCGGCCACAAGCUUAUUAUGAUCUGCCUAGUUGUAUUCUAAACAGUCCUCAUCUGGUUGAACUCCGAUUGACAUUUUGUAAGAUAGAUACAAAAAAGAAGAGUGAGUUGAAGUCUCUAACAACAUUAUCUCUUAAUGAAGUUAUGAUAAUGGAUCAAUCCAUGGAUUUUAUUCUAUCUGGUUGUCCAAUGCUCGAGCAAUUGAAGCUGUGGUUUUGCUAUGUCCAAAGAAGAGUGAUUCUUGUCAAUUCGACUUUAAAGACAUUGGUACUUGGCAUUAGAAGGUGUCAAACCUUGAUUCAUGUCUCCUGUCCAACUCUCUUAUCAUUAGAAAUUUCUGGAUAUGUGGAUGUGCUGGAUAUUGCAAAUGUACCAUCUAUUGCUGAAGUGUCUGUCAAUCGUAAUUUAAUAUUUGACUACAGCGAGUACAAGGAUUACCAAGAGAUGCGAAUAUUACUCCAAACAAUUACCGGGGUCAAAAGUCUGAAGCUAAGUUCCUGGUUUGGUCUGGUAUUUUCUUCAUGGCAGUUAACAAAUCUACCAUCUCCAACCUUCAGCUGCAAAACCCUUCAUCUUCAAUUGGAUUUUGUAAAAUGGCACCUACCAGGAAUACUGAACUUGCUGAAGCACUGUCCUUGCUUGGAGAAUCUUAUCAUCAAAAUUACGUCUUAUUUUGUUCCGACAUGCCAAAAGACACUCUCAUGGUCAUGGAGUCACCCAUAUAAGUUUGAUGCGGAUGAAUAUUGGAAUAUGGUAGAUACUCCUGUUCAAUGCUUGACUCAGCACCUCAAGACGGUGGAGAUAGCUGGUCUCGUGAUGGAGAAGCAGGUGAUUCAGUUUCUGGAAUAUUUGCUUGGGCAUUCCAUGGUGUUAAAGAAAAUGAAGAUAUUAGCAAAAAAAGAAAUCUAUGGCACGAAUGGUCCUAAGUAUGAUAAGGCACAUGAAUAUGAAGAGAGGCUAAUGAAAGCACCAAAAGCCUCAGCCUAUGCUGCAGUGUUCCUCUACUGAGCUGGCUCAAACGUAUUUCCGUAGAAUACUUUAGUUAUGUAACAGUUUGUUUCUGGGAACUCUUUUGCAAUAAACAGUUAGUUGUUAUUGAUGUAAAUAAGUCAAACUCGUGAUAAUUAUGUGCACAAUGAAUUGCACUGUGGACACAGUUUACUGCAUUUGCUGUAAUAACUGUUGAAGGGCUUUCCUGUUGGAUUUUAUAAUU